AUGGGUCAUGGUCUGGAAAGAUCCCUGCUUCAGACUGCAGAGGGUCCUCCACAGGUCUCUUGGGCUGUGCUUGAACUUGGUGAUAAUUUGACUCUGUCAUGUCCAGUCCUUCAAAAUGAAUCCGGGUUGCUUUUCUGGUAUAAGCUGAAGUUUGGCUAUAUGCUCGAAACUGUUGCAGAAGGAAAUUAUGACAAGAUUGAACUUCAAGAACAAUUUAGGUCAAGAUUCUCAGUCACAAAACGUAACGCUCAGCAAGUUCUUGACAUCAGAAAUGUUAGCAAAGAAGAUGAAGCGACAUACUUCUGUCAAGCAGGAUCGGCAUUCUUAAUGAAAUUUUUUAAUGGAACAUAUUUGGCUGUGAAUGACUUUAAAAAUCAGCGGAGAUCUCUCUACGUGAAACAAAGCCCACACACUGAGUCGGUCCAGCCGGGCGACUCAGUGACUCUCCAGUGUUCGCUGCUCUCCAGGAACAAAGAAGACAGAGUCCAGUGUCCAGGUGAACACAGAGUGCACUGGUUCAGAUCUGGAUCAGGAGAAUCUCAACCAGGCUUCAUUCACACUCACAGUGAUGCAACAGAAAAAAGAAGUUGUGACUUCAGUCUGUCCAAAACGAUCCACAACUCCUCUGAUACUGGGACGUACUACUGUGCUGUGGCCACAUGUGGAGAGAUCCUGUUUGGUGGAGGAACCAAAGUGGACACAAAACAAGAACUGUGGACACCACUCAUUGUGCUUGUGACGCUGCUGGCCUGCUGUGUGAUUGUGAUUGCUGCUCUAAUUAUCUCCAGAAAUCAAAAGCCAGUCUGUAAACAUUGCAGAGGAGAAGCUUCCAAUCAUGCUCAACAUGCCAGAUCAGCUGAGGAUCAACCAAGCAAUGUCGAUGGUGACGAGGGGGCGGUGAACUAUGUUGCCCUGCAUUUUGCCUCAAGAAGUGCUAAAAGAUGGAAGAAUACCAGCGAGUUACCACAAGAGUGUCUGUACUCUGCCACAAGACAUCCUCAGUGAAGUCACCAUGAAGAAUGCACAUAUCGUCGAAUGAUGCGGGAAGGAGCCCGAACACACGGCAUUGAGAUUUCUUUAGGAUAAAUACGGCAUUUAUGUUGUGAUGCUGUCUGGAUGAACCAACAAUAAUUAUUUACCAUAAUUCUUAACAAUGUUUCUGAUUUCGUAUUAAUAUUAUGAUUUGUGUGAUUAAUCUUGAACAAUUGCUCAAAAUUUGAAUGAAAAUAUAAUGAGAAAAAAACCCCUCUAAGAACGGCUUGAAUCGU